AUGGACGCGCUGAUCUCGGCCCGCAUGUGGCGGAACCACGUGGACGAGCUGGUGAGCCAGCAGAGGGCCCUGGAGGCGCUGGACGGCUUCGAUGGCGACCCCAGCAAGCGCAUGGCCUUCUGCGGGGAGCCGGCCGACGUCGGCGACGGCGGGGGCGGCCUCUCGCCUCCGGGAAGCCCGACGCCGCGCCCGUCCACCGCCGGCCGUGUCAAGAGGCGGCCGAAGCAGGAGCCCACGAUGGUGCUGCAGACGCCUGGACCCAGCCCCGACGUCAAGGCCAGCGCGCUUCAGACGGCGCCAAAGAAGGUGGGCCUGGACGAGCUGGAGCACCUUGCCCACAGGUUCUACCGCUUCCGCGGCGGCGCGGUCAUCGAGAUGAGGCUGGAAGGCGGCGACCCGGUUGUGUACGAGCACAAGCCGUCCUCGAAUUCCCUGGGGCGCACGCCCACUCCCGAGGUGCAGGAGCUCUUGCAUGGCAUGCGGGAGCAGGAGGUGCGUUCUUCGCUUGGGAUCAGGCCGCCCUCCACUGGCUCGGGAGUCCCUCUCAACGACUUCCUGUCCGGGAACAUCUAA